GAACCUUUACUGAAGUACUCACAUCUGCUGGGAACGCUUGCACUGUCACAUCAGUUUUCAGCAGCGUCUAAUUUAUUUUUGUAGUUUUGCAGAUCAGUGUAAAAAAUACAUUAAGAAUGACUUCCACUCUGGGGAGAGUGUACCACAUCGCUGCAUUCGGCUGGUAUGCUUUGGUUUUAAAGAGUCUCAUUGCUAAGGAUGGAGAGGAGUUACCACCAGGAAUCUUUGUAUAUGGAGGACCGUGGAAGUACCUCACUUUUUUAAAUUUGGUAUUGCAAGCAGUAUUCUUUGGCCUGGCAGCAGUAAAUGAUCUUCAGCCUGGGAAAACAGCAGAGAGGAGUCUGAGAAGAUUGAAAGACUUCCUCUUCUCUGUCUUUGCCUUCCCCGUGGGCAUGUUUGUUGUUCUACUUUUCUGGUCAAUCUUUGCCUAUGACAGAGAAUUAGUCUACCCAGCUACUAUUGACACCUUCAUCCCUCCCUGGAUAAACCACGCUGUGCACACCUUUGUCCUUCCUGUUUUACUUGGAGAAGUGCUGGUGCAGCCUCACACCUACCCGCAGACUAAGAAUGCGCUGGCAGCACUAGGAGUUGUGGGUUCGGCUUAUUUAUUUUGGAUUGGAUGGGUAUACUUAUCAGUUGGCAUUUGGGUUUAUCCUCUUCUUGGGCACUUCAGUACAGCUGGUCUGGUUGGUUUCUUCUUUUUCAACAUGACGGUAGUGACCUUGCUCUACCUGCUUGGGGACAAGCUCAACAGCUAUUUCUGGAGUAAGAGGCAUUAUUUUUACAACCACAGACAAACAAAGGAUCAUUCAUUUGUCUUUAAUCUCGCUCUUUGUCCAUUUAAAUUGUCUUUCUCUCUUUUGUUUCCUUUAAUCUAGGCAAGGACAAGAAAAAAAUGACAGCCAAAGCAAAGUAAUUUUCACAUAAACUGCUUUCUGCAUUGCACCCCUGCAGAUUCAUUUUACAACUCAACAGAGUGGUAUUACCAUUCCAAGGCUCCUGCAUAAUGUAUUUCAAGCAUCGAAGCAAGCAUAAUAAAGCAAGUUCCACUGACAACACA